AUGAAAAACGACGGCGAUGAUCAAUCCUCCAAAAAUGACAAGAACCAAGCUACACAGCGACUAAAUCAAGUCUCCUCGCAUAUAUCCCCGCCAAAGUCAGAUAAAGCGGCAUCUCCCAAAUCAAAGACCAAAAACAUAGGAUCUCGCCUCCCAGCAGACCACUCCGAUGUUCUCAAUCAAAUCUCCGAGCUACGCAAGAUAGCUGCGACCCCAGACCCUAAUUCCCGGGGCUACGUUCGACAAAAGCAAGCCGGCAAGCUAUGGGUUCGCGAGCGCAUCGACCAGCUCCUCGACCCAGGCUCGUUUCAGGAAAUUGGCUCGGUGUCCGGAACAGUCACAUGGAAGAAGACUGCACCAAUGCGGGAGACCCCCGUCGCAUUUGUUCCCAGCAAUAAUGUACAGGGUGCGGGGACGCUCCGCGGCAGGAAGGUGCUGCUUACAGCAGACGACUUUAGUAUUCGGUCUGGACAUGCUGAUGGAGCGAGCUCAGAGAAGACAGUCUAUGUCGAGAAACUAGCUCUUGCGCUGAGAUUGCCUGUGGUGAAGUUAGUGGAUGGCAGUUCUGGGGGUGGCAGUGUGACGACUAUCCGGAAGGAAGGAUGGAGUUAUCUUCCGUAUGUGAGACCUUUCAAACCUGCGAUCCAGCAGUUGAACAUGGGCAUUCCAAAUUUGGGUGCUGUCGUUGGACCCGCGAUUGGCCUAGGUGCAGCACGAGUCGUCUCUUGCCAUUUCUCAGUCAUGGCCGCAGAUAUCGGCGCACUUUUCAACGCUGGCCCGAAGGUAGUAGAGGGUGCCACGUUUGAAGAAGAUCUUGGAUUCCAAGAUCUCGGUGGUCCAAUGGUCCAUUGCACGAAUGGAACCAUCGACAAUCUGGCCGCAAACGAAGCUGAAUGUUUUGAACAGCUUCGAACGGUUUUGAGCUAUUUGCCCAACUCUGGGGCUGAUGCUCCACCAGUUAUCUCGUGCGCUGAUCCGGAAGAUCGAGAAGACCUGGCACUGCGCAGCAUUAUCCCGCGGCGCCAGGCACGAAUGUAUAAUGCUAGAGUGAUCAUUGAUUCGGUUGUUGAUCGGGGUUCCUGGUUCGAGAUUGGCGCGCUUUGGGGUCGAACAGCUAUUGGCGGUUUGGCACGCCUUUCUGGCCGUCCCAUUGGAAUCAUUUCACUGAACUGUGAAGUGAACGGUGGCGCUCUUGAUGCAGCGGGUAGCCAGAAACUCACCCGGCUGUUGAAGAUGUGCGAUGUGAUGAAUAUCCCCAUUGUGCAAUUCAUCGACGUCCCUGGCUACGCAAUUGGAACCGUCGCCGAGCGCAACGCAACUAUGCGCUGGGGCGUGGAGCUGGCAAAAACCUAUUUCACCACUACUGUCCCGAUCUUCAACGUGGUUACCCGACGCGCCUUUGGCGUAGCUGGAGGAGUCAUGCUAGGCUCCCGAGACCCAGUUAUGCAAGUUGCUUGGCCGUCUGGACAGUGGGGCUCACUGCCGCUGGAUGGAGGAAUCGAAGUGGGACACCGGCAUGAGUUGCGGGAAGCGGAGAAAGAGGGCAAGAAAGAGGAACGGUAUAAGGAAUUGGAAGAAGAAUAUCAGCGGUUGAUGAACCCUGUUCGAACAGCGAAUGCAUUUGGCGUGGAGGAGAUAAUUGAUCCGAAGGAUACGAGGCAGGUUUGUUGUUCUUGGGUGACACAUGUUUAUGAUGUGCUCAUGAAAGAAAGAUUGUCGGAUCGAGCCUGUGGGAGGAUACAUCCUUCUUUUGCCUAA